CCAGAAGGAAGCCGGCGGGAAAAGGCGGAAGAGCGGCUGCUGAAGAAGCCGGGGAGGCCGCCGGGGUGAGGCCGAGAGUUAUAAGUCACAGGAAAAACUGAUGAAGGCAGAAAAGAAAAAGCAUCUUUCACCAGAAAAGAGGAAGAUGAAGCAGAAAAAGAAAUCCGCAAAGCAUCCAAAACCACAAAUGGCACCAGAGGAGGAUGAACCUGUGCUGAAAAAACAUAAACUAAAUGUGAGAAAAGAAGAGGAAGAGGAGACAGAGGAAGAACUUUCUCCAGAAGAGAAGAGGAUAUUGGAACGAAAGCUGAAGAAGGAGCGGAAAAAAGCACAAAAGAAAUUAAUGCGAGAAGCAACGCCUGGGGCCAAGAAGAACCAGCCUAAGAAGCCAUCAGGGUCAGAGUUGGCCCUGGACUAUUUAACGACCUGGUCAGGGAGUCCCCAAGGCUGGAAAUUUCAGAAGACGAGGCAGACGUGGCUUCUUCUGCACAUGUACGACGAAGACCAGGUCCCCGAUCAAUACUUCUCCAUUUUGCUGCGGUAUCUGGAAGGACUUCAAGGCCGUGCCCGAGACACAACGGUGCAGAAAGCUGAAGCUCUGAUGAAGGAGUACGAUCAAUCUGACAUGGAAGAUGAUCUCCUGGAAGGAAAACGUGGACGUAUCCGCAAAGUUUUGCAGUUGCUCUCCUGACUUUUCAGUGUCUUAGAUCCUCCCAUCGGCAUAAAGUUACAAGGACCAGAUAUCAAUUUUUAGCCAUUCUUUAAAUUCUUGGCCACAAACCUGAUGUUGCUUGGAAAUCUCUUCCAGGGUUGCCAAGGAAGUGGAAGAAAUAACUUUUUUAAAAAAAAAACCCAAUAAACGGGUCGGUAUUGAAAACAA